AUGGCCGCUCAAAACGCAAAAACCCUGACCAAAGAGCCAGCUGAAAAAGAAAUUGACUCGAUCGGAGGUAAGAAGCGGAAGGAUAAUCGAUCCCGCGAUGAACGUAGGUCAGGUAAGCGACCCAACCACAAGUUUUCAAUGUAUACUCCGAUCAACAAGCCACAAAAGCAGGUCCUGAUGGAGAUCAAGGGCGAAGGAUUCAUUAAUUGGCCAGACAAACUCCAAAGUAAUUCGCACCGACGAAGUAAGAGUAAGUACUUACAUUUCCAUCGCGAACAUGGACAUAACACAAGUGAUUGUUAUAAUCUAAAGCAGGAGAUUGAGAGGCUUAUCCGAGAGGGUCACCACGCCGAAUAUGUCGACUUAGGAGCCAGAAUCAUGGAAGAAUGCUCAAAUGAUAACCGACCUACUGAGGAUAUCCAAACUAUUAUCGGUGGCCAUCUGGGCAGAGGUGAUUCAAAUAAUGCUCGUAAAAACCAUGCAAGGAAUGUUAGUCAACUUAAGUCCGAAAUUAUGGUUCUAGCUCGACCCCUAAAGGAGAGAAAGCUCAAGAAAUACAAUUUAGUAUUCACCGAAGCGGAUGCGAGGGGCAUUCAUCACCCGCAUGAUGAUGCUCUGGUCAUCACUGUCACUAUCGCCAUCCGCCAAGUUUUCAGGGUCCUUGUCGAUACAGGCUUAUAUGCGGAUGUGUUGUUUACACAUGCGUUCAACAAGAUGGGUGCCAAACGUUCAGCUCUGAGGCCCAUGAGGACUCCAUUGAUCGGAUUCUCAGGCGGACAGAUUCUUCCUGAAGGAUCAAUUCAACUCCUGCUCACUGUCGGGGAGGUGUCAAAUCAAGCUACUGUUAUGGUCGACUUUCUGAUAGUCAAUCAGUCUUUGGUUUAUAAUGCAAUCCUCGGUUGA